AUGUACAUAAUCGUGUCUGCUCCUCUGCUCAUACUCUUGAGCCAUAGAAGUGCUCCGCUACUACCAUACUCGCCAGUCAACGAAGUCCUUUCAUAUGAACGGCAUUCUUUGUACUUUGGUGAAGACCCCAAAUUCACUGGAGCCCCCCAAGACGUGGAUGAAGCAUGGGACUAUCUUCUAGAGCCUAUCAAUAUUCAUAGUUCGAGGGAGGAAUUAGAGAUGGCUCACGCAACUUUUGGCCAAGAUAUCGUGCGAUUAACAAACGGGGAAUAUGUUUCAGUUCUAUCGGUACACCACGAACUUCAUUGUCUAAACGCGCUACGCAUGAACAUAUUUCAUGACUAUUACUUCCCAAAUGCUACAGUCGAGGAGGAAGAGUAUAAUAUCUCACACAUGACUCAUUGUGUCGAUACCAUCCGUCGUAGCCUAAUGUGCAAAGCUGAUGUGAGCAUUUAUACGGCAUACUGGAUUGGAGAUCAUAAUGCUUUGCCCAACAAAGAACUUCGGUCAGAAUCAGAGACAGUAUGUGUGAACUGGGAAGCGAUUAGUGCAUGGUCAAGAGAGAGAUCGCUCCCGAGAAACAAGUAUAAAACUAGACCGGGACCGUUCGAAACGGAUCCCUUAGGAGCGUAA